AUGGUUGGUAAGCCCAUGCAUGUGCGACGUGCUCCUGCCUCGGCAAAAGGCAGUCUCGAGAUGCAAAUCCACGCGCCGGCGUUGGCAACUGCGAUCGAGAAGGACGACCUACUACGGGCCCUCAACAAGUUCUACGACCUCAACGACCCAUCCUUCAACAACCUCAACACUGCAUUCUAUGUGCUCAUUCCAAAAAAUGAAAUGCCCACGCAAAUCUCCCACUACCGCCCCAUUAGCCUGAUUCACGUGUUUGCAAAGCUGAUCUCCAAGAUCCUCGCCACUAGAUUGCAGCCUCGGAUGGAUGAGCUUGUCUCCCCCUGCCAAAGCGCCUUCAUUAGUGGACGAAGCAUCCAAGACAAUUUCCUUUAUGUGCAAAACCUAGCAAAGCACUUCCACCGAACCAAGACGCCAACCUUGCUUCUUAAGCUGGACAUCGCCAAGGCCUUUGACACUGUUUCUUGGACCUACAUCCUUAACAUGCUGGAAGCGAGGGGGUUCCCUCUCAGAUGGAGGAACUGGAUUGCGCUCCUCUUCAGGACUGCAUCCUCACAAGUGCUCAUCAAUGGGACUCCGAGCCGGACUAUCGAACACCAGAUGGGUCUUAGGCAAGGGGAUUCUCUCUCCCCCUUCCUUUUCGACCUAGCCAUGGAGCCGAUGCAUCGUUUGCUCGAUCUUGCCUCGGAGGCGGGAACACUUACCAAGCUUAGAGGGCGGAAGUGCACAUUCAGAGCUUCCUUAUAUGCGGAUUACGUCGCGCUUUUCAUCAACCCCACUUUGGAGGACAUCAGGGGUGUCAGCGCCAUCAUGGCUGGCUUUGGGCGCGCCACCGGGCUUGUAACUAAUUGGGAGAAGAGCUCUGUCACGCCGAUCAGCUGCGCGGACAUCGACGUCAACAGCCUUGCCAUGACCAUUGGCCUCCCUGUUACCUCCUUCCCUUGCACUUACCUAGGGAUGCCCCUAGCGUUGAAACAACUGAAUAAAGCUAAUUGGCAAGCGCUUCUUGACAAAGUCGACAGAUACCUCGCCACUUGGAAGGCUAGGCUUUUGAGCAAGGUCGGACGCCUUGAGAUGCUUAACUCAGUGCUAUCUUCCCUGCCGGUCUACCUCAUGACGAUCAACGAUAUGCCGGCAUGGGUUAGAAAGGAGUUCGACCGCCGCCGUAGGGCAUGGUUGUGGGCGGGAGAGGCAAGCUGCAAUGGAGGGAAGUGCCGUGUCAGCUGGAAACAGGUCUGCAGGCCCAAAGCUCUGGGUGGCCUGGGGGUCCACUGCAUAAAAGACUUUGGCUCAGCGCUCAGACUUAGGUGGCUAUGGCAGAAGUGGAAGAAGCCCAACAAGCCUUGGGCCCAUCUACAGAUACCAGCUUCUAGAAAGGACAAGGCCUUAUUUGCUGCUGCAACCAAAAUCUCCUUGGGGGACGGUGCGAAAGCAACCUUCUGGACUGAUAGGUGGCUGUUCGAUCUUAUUCCUGCCAAGAUAGCUCCAGACAUAUUCAAAAUCUCGGUGAGAAAGAACCGAACGGUCAAGGAUGCCCUCACAAAUGAGAAAUGGAUGAUCGACCUUCGCCACCAUCUGGAUGUGCAACAUCUGCCGCAGCUCAUCAGGCUUGCACAACUGGUUGAAUCGGUCCGUCUCACAAACGUGCCAGACGAUAUUGUGUGGAGAUUCGGGAACAAGCCGGAAUACACCGCCAAGUCGGCCUACAGGCUGCAUUUUCUGGGUGCAGUCGGCUCUGAUUUUAGCAAGCUAAUCUGGAAAUGCUGGGCCCCUGCUAGGUGUAAGUUUUUCAUCUGGACAGUGCUGCUAAACAGAGUUCUCACAGCGGACAAGUUGCUUCUAAGACAAUGGGACAACGAGUACUUCUGCCCUCUCUGCCGGCGCAACCUUGAAACGGCCAACCAUCUCUUCAUGGAAUGCCCGUACAGUACUAAGGUUUGGGACCACAUGGCGCGUCUUCUCGACCUUGAUUCCGUAAAUCCCUCACAGUGGAUCGGGAAGGACAUCACCAUUCAUGACUGGUAUAAGGGCAUGGUGGGCAACCAUCCCAAAGCUCAAAGGAAGAAGAUCUUCCCAGCCUCCAAUCUAAUCUGCUGGGAAUUGUGGAAGGAAAGAAACAGACGGAUUUUUGAGAAGAAGGAGAUGUCGGUGGCUGCGUUCAUAUCCCGGUUAGCGGAUGAAGCUGCAACCUGGAGAAUGGCGGGUGCGCCAAUCCCGCUUGUCGACCUGUCCGGUGGGACACCCUUUGACCCGGGUUGA